AUGGCUUCAAGUGUUCCGGGCCCAUUCCCAUUGCCAGCCUCGCGCUAUGACUUAAACAGUUACUGGGGUAGAGUGCGCCAUUGUGCGGAGAUUGCGGACCCAACAAUGCUUCUCACCACUGAGGCUGAUGUAAAACGUUCGAAAGAAAUUAUUAGAUCUUUUCGUUAUGGAGAAUUAAAGGAAUUGACUCCAGAGUUUUGGCUAGCCAAGAAGCGUUUAGAUUCGACAAUUCAUCCUGAUACUGGAGAACCUGUUUUCCUGCCAUUUCGUAUGUCAUCCAAUGUGCUUUCUAAUCUUCUUGUUACCACUGGUAUGUUAACUCCGGGGUUAGGGACUAUGGGUACAUUAUUUUGGCAAUGGGCUAACCAAUCUUUAAAUGUUGCUGUAAAUUCAGCCAAUGCGAACAAGUCAGAACCUAUGAGCACGCAGCAGUUGAUUACCAACUACGCAGCUGCCGUUUCUGCAUCAUGUGGUGUUGCUGUGGGUCUAAAUAAGCUUGUUCCAAGACUAAAAAAUCUCUCGCCCUCUACCAAGAUGGUUCUCGGUCGUUUAGUCCCGUUUGCCGCUGUUGCUUCUGCGGGUAUUGUUAAUGUGUUCUUGAUGAGAGGAAAUGAAAUACGCAAAGGUAUUUCGGUAUUUGAUGAUCACGGUGAGGAGUUAGGGAAGUCAAAGAAAGCCGCUGUUCUUGCUGUUGGUGAAACAGCUUUGAGUAGGGUGAUUAACGCUACUCCAAUUAUGGUUGUCCCACCAUUAGUGAUGAUGAGGCUACAACGUGGUAUUUUGAAGAAUAAGUCAUUCGCGCUCCAGACGAUGGUUCAACUAGGUGUCAUCACAGCCACAGCGUUUAUUGCAUUGCCUUUCGCUCUUGCAAUUUUCCCACAAUAUCAAGCUAUAGAUGUUAACAAGUUAGAACCUGAAUUCUCUAACAAGAAGGAUAAGAAUGGCAGUAUUAUUCAAAAGGUUCACUUUAACAGAGGUAUGUAA